AAAAAUUAAUUAAAAUUGCUUUUACCCAAAACAUAUACAUAAAAAUAUAUACUGCAAAGUAGAGCUGAUUUGGAUUUGAAACCAAUCCGUAAAAAAAAUUAAAUUGUGAAUCUACAAUCUACAAAAAUUGUGCCAAAAGGUUCGUUGUGAAUCGUUGUGGAAUUUUUGGGACUAGCACACACAAGCUUGGUCUACGUACUGUGCUGAACUCUCACCGAAGUCGAUGUCGAUGCCGCUGUCGAGUAUAAAGAACUCAUAAAUCGAAAUCAACAGAUCCGUAUACUAAGUACAGUAUAGACAUAAAGCAUUAAUCCACUUCAUUUAUAAGCCAAUAUAUAUGGCGAGUAGCUGCGCAUUUUCACACAACUUCGUCGCAGCCAUUGACGACAGGGAAUCUAUGGAAAUUCAGAUGAUAUCUGUGCCAGCCACAGUCCAAAGCUGAAUACACACAAAGGAUCAAAAGAAGCAGACUUAAGCUACAGCUACAGCUACUGCGACUAUCACUGUCAUCAUCACUUCUGCCAGAUAGUAUUUUAAAUUGCAAAAUGAGUCGAGGAAUGCAAAUGUCCAUGCUGAGCCUGAUCACGCUGUUGUUUCUGUGCCUGGAGCUGCACAUGAUUGCGGCCAAGACACGCGAUCUGUGCCAGGUGAAGCCAAGCACGAGCAGCCUCUGCGUGCCCUCCACUCUGGGCAUUUACUAUGACAUAGAGACACAGCACUGCAAGUACAUGGGUUGCAGCAAUAAGCGGCUGUUUAACACACUCGAGGAUUGCGAGAAGAUUUGCAACAAUCCGCGACACGUGAAGCGGCGCACUAACAUUAACAACAACAAGGCGAAUCAAACAACAAAUUGAAUAUACUACUUAGUAAUCGCAAACAAA